ACAGAUGCACUGGGGUCCAACACUUCUCUACACAAUCAGAGCAAACCCUAACGGUACAUAUACAUUCGCCUCCUCCAUAUCCAAUCCGGCCCUGAGCUGACAGACAUUCUCUAUAUGUUGAAGUUUUCAGUUCGAAUUUGAAAGAUGGUGAUUUUGUCGGUGAAACCCCUGUUUAUGAUUCUAGUGGUCCCGCUUGCUCUCUUCCUCGCUGUCGUUUUGCUUUCGCCUCCUUCUCCAUACUUCCAGAGCUCGGUUCCUUCGAAUUCAUCACUAAAACCGAGCAUAUGGACUGUCCGGAGAAUCAUUGGAUGGAGACCUUGCAAGUGGUGGCAACUAGGAGAUCUAACUGUGGCUAAACUUGAGAGUAAUGGGUAUAUCCGAGUGGAUUGCUAUGGUGGCCUCAAUCAGAUGCGAAGAGAUUUGUGUGAUGGUGUUGGUAUUGCACGGCUGUUAAAUGCAACCCUGGUUUUGCCAAAGUUUGAAGUGGCUGCAUAUUGGAAUGAGUCGAGUGGCUUUGCAGAUGUAUUUGAUGUCGAAUACUUUAUCCACCAGAUGAAUGGCUUUGUUAAGGUUGUGAAAGAGUUGCCAUCAGAGAUUGCAUCAAAGGAGCCUUUCCAAGUAGACUGUAGCAAACGCAAAGGCCAAUUUGAUUACAUUGAAAGUGUUCUUCCAUCUUUGUUGGAACAUCAUUAUAUUUCAAUUACACCAGCAAUGAGCCAAAGAAGAGACAGGUAUCCUCAAAAUGCUAAAGCUGCCCUUUGUCAAGCUUGUUACAAUGCAUUGCGCCUCACAAGAUCCUUGGAGAAGAAAGCCUCUGAGCUUCUAGAAGCUAUAACCAAACCUUUUCUCUCGCUUCAUCUUCGCUUUGAACCGGACAUGGUAGCUUACAGCCAAUGCCAAUACUCAGGUCUUUCUUCAGCCUCCAUCAAAACCAUUGAGGCAGCACAAGGAGAUAGAAAACCGUGGACUGGAGAGUUGGCCCGUAUUUGGAGAAAACGGGGGAAGUGUCCUCUUACGCCUAAUGAGACGGCCUUCAUACUUCAAGCACUUUCCAUCCCGACAAGCACAAAUAUAUAUCUGGCAGCCGGGGAUGGGCUUAUGGAAAUUGAAGGUUUAACAUCUGUUUACACCAAUGUAGUCACUAAGUCUAGCCUCCUUACUGGUGAGGAUUUCACAAGCAUGCAUGGGAACACGAAAGCUGCAUUGGAUUAUCACGUGUCUAUUAAUAGUGAUUCUUACGUGGCAACAUAUUUUGGAAAUAUGGACAAGAUGGUUGCUGCAAUGCGAGCUUUCAAGGGGCUGUACAAAACUCUUUUCUUAAGCAGAAGAGCUUUUGCAGAUUUCACGUCGCAGGGCUUGAGAGGGAGAGAUUUGAUGCAAGCUCUGUGGAAGGCUCAUAGAGAUGAUUAUGUCAUAGGAAGAGGGUCUGCUUUGCCCGACUGUUUUUGUGAGGGCAAUUUUCCCCACCCCCACCCCCACCCCUGCCACGAAGAUGAUGAUGAGUUCGGAAUUUCGGUGGGUGCCAAUUCCCGAUCAGGGAUGUUCUUCAGUAUCGGGUCUCCAUCUUUUCGACACUGCUCUGUAAGUAGUGGGCAUCCUUGAAUACACAAAUGAAGGUGUGAGGGUGAAAGACCGUCCUCUGGGAAGGCCUGGAGCUCAGGGCAGUCCUCAACGUAAAGAUCAUGGAGAGAUGUCAAAUUCUUAAGUGCGUCCUUUGGGCCAAAUGACUUGAGCCUUGCACACAAGGCGAUACUCAAAUAUCCAAGAGUUCCGGGGAGCCCUUCAGCAGGCAAUGUUUCAAGCUUGGGACAAUUCCGAAGGGACAAUAGUUCGAGAGAGGUGAAACUCUGGGACAAGGUGUUUUCUUGAUUGGACAGACAUUCCAGAUCCUCGCAGUCACGGAUGUAGAGUGCCUUGAGGCCUGGAAGACUGGGCCAUUUGGGUAGAGUUCAUGUUUGAGAUGUUUGAAAUGACCAAGGAGAAUAAACUGCUGGUGCUGGGUAUCAUUCCCAACAAUGUUUCGUCAUGGCAUCCAUCCAAUGCUAUAUGCUCAAGCCGUACUGCAUGCUGUUCAUCUGGGAGGUCAGUCAAUGACCUGCACCCACUUAUCUCCAAUCUCUGUGGAUAGAGUUCCAUUGGCAGCUUGCACAACUCAGGGCAAUUGAAAAUUUUAACGUAGCGGCAAAAGGUUGAAGAGGCCAGUGUGCUGCUGACUUCUUCGUCACCUUCAUAUUGAAUUCUGAUUGGUAUAUCUUCUUCAGGCCAUUGAUGUAGAACAGGAUUGUCCACAAGUGUAAUAACUUCCAGUUGGGCUAAUGGAAUAGCAUCCAAUGAUUCACAUCUUAUCUUUAGAACGUCUAGCUUAGGGAAGAAGCAGGGCAACUUUCUGAGCUUGGGACAGCCAAUGAUUUUAAGCCUUUUGAGGGAUGGAUAACGCUCCUCGGACGAUUCCUCCAACUCCUGCAUAUUCUUAAGGUGGAGUUUUGCAAGUUUGGGUAGCUUGUCGAGAGAAAGGAUUUUCGUUCUUGCGCAAUGACUCAAGGAAAUGGAAACCAAGUUACUAAGUAGCCCAUUUCUCAUCCAAGUUGGAAAUUCAUUGCCCCUAUAGUGACAAAUUACGAGCUUUUCGACAUUUAAGUGAGGUUGCAGGUCUUCAAGAAGUGCGUCUCUGUCCCCCGCUUCAUCUACAUUUGAUCCAUUGCUCCACACAUAUUCCAGCUUCUGAACCAUUUUUUUGUCUUUCAAGUUAGCCUCUCUUGGAUUCACUGCAUUCUCGAGCUUUGUGAUGCGCAGUGUUCCUGUAAGAUACACCAUAUUCUUCAGUUCCUCGAUUCUGUGUCCAGGAUUGCGGCCAACCUCAAAGGUGUGCAAAUUGUGCAGACUGGUCAAUUGCCCCAUUUUUGGUGGAAAUAUGGAGAUCUUGUUCCAGAACAUUUCGUCCAGCUCCAGAUGCCUCAGGUUAACUAGAGCUCCAAGCUUGCUGGGCAAUUGGAAAAGCCAAGGGCAACCUAAGAGUUUCAGUGUCUGCAAAUUGAUGAGUUUGCAUAUCGAUUCUGGAAGCUCUCUGAUAUCAGUUUUUGAAAGAUCAAGGUAGCGCAACUCCUUCAAAUUUUCAAUUGAUUUUGGCAAUGCCAGAAUUGUGCUUGAACUGAGGUCAAGAACUCGCAAAUAUCUCAGUGAACUCGAUAUUUUGCCAGGGACCUGAUUGAAAGUUUUCAGGUGUUCAACUGGAAAUAGAAGCGUACGUAGAUUCUUCAAUCUUUUAAUUAUCUCCAAAGCAGGCUGCUCGACGUCUUUACAAAAGACAGAUACAUGACGAGAUUCUUUAGGCACACGACUUUGUUUCUUAUCCUUCACUUGGAAACAUAGGGGGGUGGAGACUGAUAUUGCCAAGUCAUGAAUAAGAUCAUGCAUCCUAAAUUUUGUCUUGUCUUCA